CCAAGAGUCAGGUCUCCACGCCGCCGCUUCCCUUAAAGGCGGCUGUGCGUAAAAGCGCGGAGACCAAAGGAGUGCGGAACUCCUGCGUCCUUGGGAUUGGCGCUGUAGUCCAAUUUUUCCACUCGUGGCGCCGCCUUCUCCAGACCUCCUGUAGCGCUGAGGGGGAGCAAUACCUCCGCGGACACGCAUUCUUCUGGAAGUUGGAAAAUAGGAGUGUCACCUGUCGUGGAAGAGUCCGAACACCUUGCGGGAGACGUUUAGGGAGGAAUUAUCCGUUUAUAAAAGGUAAAUUUCUGUUCUUCCGGGUUCUGCGCGCCGAAAAUCAUGAACAUGGAGAUGCUGACUAAAACGAGUGACCCUUCUUGGAAUAAUGACGUGAGAGUUCCAACAGAGACAGGAGGUGUGGCAGGUGAAGACGCAGAGCUUCUUUCUCCACAGACCAAUGGGGGUAAUAUUAGGGAGGUGAAUUCGGGACAGGAUCAUCAGAGGAAUGGAAGGGGGCCACUUUCCACUCUGGAGAAUAACCGUUUGUACAAGGAGCUGAACCAUAACGUCUUCUGGAAAGUCCGAGUUUGGAUGAUUAUCGUCUUCAUUAUUGUCCUCAUCCCAAUCAUAGUUGUCAUCUCCUUAGCAAUAUGUGCAGCGACAUACGUGGACAAAGAUGACAUAUAUGACAGCUCUUUGUUUACAGUUCCUCAGUAUUUUAAUGGAAGUUUCCAGAUUUCCAAUUUCUCCUUUAAAGAGGGUGCAGCUGAAGACCUUCAACUAAAGCUGGCUGACCUCUACAGGUCCUCCCCUGCUCUGGGACGAUACUUCUCCGAAGCCAAGAUAUACCCUUUUCGAAACGUCUCGAACGUAGUUGACUACCAGCUGACGUUCGUUUUACCAGAAGAUCAACUGGAGGAGUUGAGAAACUUCACACUGAGCAAGGAGAUGGUGCACAACGUGUUCAGACAGUUUCUGUAUGAGCAGGAUCAGGACUCUGCUUCAACAUACAUCAUUCCGGUUUCCCUCAUCAUGUCUUCGCGGCACUGAGAAGCAGACUGGAAAAACCGGCCCGACUCGGUCCGUCAUGAGCCAUAAUAGUCCCGGGGUGGUUCCUGCCGUUUGUGAGCGACCGUGUUUCUGCAGACUUUUUCUCAUGACGGGAAAUGGCUUACACCACAGAAACCCAGAUGACCAAGCGCCGUGCAGCUGAUCCCGGUCAUCCAAAUGAUCUCAGCUGAAGAGUGACAAAGUCAUUUCCAGAUUUGGCGUGAACCAUUUCUCCCUAAAAAUCCCCAAAUCCCCGGGCCGCGGACCAUUACAGUUAGGCCACGGAAAAAUCAAAAGCGCAACCCACACCUUUUCCAUUCCAUUUCUAAUCUGAUUUUGAAGGAAGUCUUAUUUUGAAAAAUGACUGGAUUCUCUCCGCCACAUCUGGCUCAUUGUUGGCACGCGUCAAGUCGCUUGGCGUCAAAAAUCCAUCCGCCACUUUCUGAAAGCGCAGACCGUUAAAUCUAAAACCCUCAGCUAUUAAGGUUAACAAAAAACAAACGUAUUUGGAAAGUUUCUUUUCACAGAAAAAGGUCAGUGAGGAAACAGAAGAGCCUUCAACUUCAAAAUAAAAGACAAAGAACAGAAGUCUUUACUCUCAAAUAUGGAUUUGUGGUGACAGUUGUUUCCAUACACCAUAAUAAUCAGCAAUCGGUUGUCUGAUGUUUUGGGUUAAGAGAAAAUCUCUAUUACACUUAAUGGUUCAACACUAAAUCCACUGCACUAAGACAAUGUAAACCAGCUGCAGAGAUUUGACAGAGAAAGAAGAUAAACUUUACCCUUGAAAGUUAAGGGAAAUUGGCAGCUUAAAAAAAAUCCCCGCUUUAUCCUCAUACAAACCGGUCUGUUAAGUUUGUCUGACAUUAAAGCGGCCUGAAGAAGGUCGAGGACCCCUCCUCUAAAACACUCCAAAGGGCGUUCAAUGUUUCAGUUGUUGUCAUUUUGCUUCUCGUUGUCUUACUGUGAAUAUGUACAUGUCCCAGUUUUUUUAUGAAGCCCCCAAAGUUCCCCAGUUUUAACACUGACCUCAUACUAUUAUAUAAAUGUGUGACCAACUACUUAUCAUGACAAGCUAAGCUAAAGAGGAUAUAAACUAGUUUCUGUACAUUAAAUGAGCUGUUCAUUACCAAUAUUGAUCAGUUUUUAUUUAUUCUUAAAGUGUGUCCAUUUAAGGCAUUCAUAAAACAUGCUUUGUGGAACAUGUA